AUGGCAUUGUCCGACGAAGUCAAGGUGUCAAUCGUGUUUGGGGUGUUGAUGGCCAUCCUGGCCAUCGGUGCGCUGUGGCAGAUGGCACACUAUGCUGCCCGGUCUCUUCGAACUCGGGAUCCUCGAUCGAACAGUUUCGAGCUUGAAGCUUGA